UUGCAUCUACAUAACCUUAAAAUUUUAAUUCAAAUUUGUGAAUUUGUGAACAAUAACAUUAAAAUAAUAUAUUUACGCCUUACGUGAUAGUGAUUGGAUAGUGCAAUAAAUAUUAAUUGUAUCGAAGUGUAACUAUGGCAGAUGCUGCUGCGCGACAGCUUCAGUAUGAAUAUAAAGCGAAUUCGAACCUUGUGCUACAAGCUGAUGUGCGAUUGAUCGAGCGGCGCGGCCGAGAUGAAGCGACCGGCGAGGUCCUGUCGCUCACGGGCAAGCUGGUCGGUACCCGGAUGGGAGACAGGGCACAGCGAACCAAGCCGGAUAAAGCUGAGGAGAGGAAGGCCAAACGUCAGAAGCGGGAUGAAGCGUCGUACGAGCUGUCAAAGUCAAAGUCCGCGCGCGUCGCGUGGUCGGAUGAGACGCCGGCCGGAGUGCUGUACCGGCCUCGAGCUCAGCACACGAGGCACGCGUACGAGCUGCUGCUGGCCUUCAUGCAGAGCGCGCUCGGAGACCAGCCCCGGGAUAUACUGUGCGGAGCUUGCGAUGAGGUGCUGGUCGUUUUGAAGAAUGACAAGCUCAAAGACCCGGAGAGGAAGAAGGAGAUAGAGCAAUUGCUUGGUCCCGUUCCUGACGAGAGAUUCGCUUUGCUAGUUAAUUUAGGAAAGAAGAUAACGGAUUUCAACGUGAACGCAGCCAGCGAAGGCGCCGCGGAAAUUGAUGAGACUUACGGCAUCAACGUGCAGUUCGAGGAGUCCUCGGAGGAAGAUGACGAAGAUGCUUAUGGAGAGGUGCGCGAUGAAGAUAAAGAAGAAGGCGAGGGCACAGACAACGAGAGAGAGAAGGAGAGCAGUGGAGAUGAAGAGAGUGACGGAGAGGGGAAGAAGAACGCGAUACACGCUAAUCUGUCGGAGGAGCAGAGCCAGAAGCGUCGUGACAUGACGCUGCACCCCAUGGACAUUGACGCGUACUGGCUACAGCGAAGACUCUCCAGGCAUUUUGCUGACGCCAUGCUGUCUCAGGCGAAGUCGAGUGAAGUGCUGCAGGCUUUGGCUGAGGCCGCUGACGACCGCGACCUGGAGAACAGGCUGGUGCUACUGCUGGGAUACGACUGCUUCGAUUUCGUCAAGAUGCUGAACAAGUAUCGAUAUAUGAUUCUUUACUGUACGAAGUUGGCAUCGUCACAGUCGGAGAGCGAGCGCGCUGCCAUCAGGGAGGAGAUGUCCAGACAACCGCACCUGCUGAAGAUACUGGCGCAGCUCGACACCGGCAAGGGUGAUGAGGAGAUGAAAGAACAGUCGGAGGCGCCUCGCAAGCGACAGAAGACCACCGAGUCAACUGCGCCCGGCAGCCAGGUGGCGGGCAACCGGAAGAUGCUGCAGCUUGAGGAGCUGGUGUUCGCAGCCGGCAGCCACCUGAUGGCCAACAAACGGUGUCAGUUACCGCCGGGCUCCUUCAGGAAGCAGAGGAAAGGUUACGAGGAGGUGCAUGUGCCAGCGCUGAAGCCCAAACCCUUCGAGGAUACCGAGACCUUACUGCCUGUGGAGAAGCUGCCCAAGUACGUGCAGCCGGCCUUCGAGGGGUUCAAGACCUUGAACAGGAUACAGAGUCGCAUCUCGAAGGCAGCGCUAGAGAGCGACGAGAACCUGCUGGUGUGCGCGCCGACGGGCGCAGGCAAGACCAACGUGGCACUGCUGUGUAUCCUGCGCGAGGUGGGCAAGCACGUCAACGACGACGGCACCGUCAACGUGAACGACUUCAAGCUGAUCUACGUGGCGCCCAUGCGCUCGCUCGUGCAGGAGAUGGUGGGCAGCUUCAGCAAGCGGCUUGCUGCAUACAACAUGAAGGUGUCCGAGUUAACCGGAGACCACCAGCUCACCAGGGAGCAGAUUGACGCCACGCAGCUCAUCGUAUGCACACCCGAAAAAUGGGAUAUCAUCACAAGGAAAGGCGGGGAGCGUUCUUUCACGAACCUGGUGCGGCUCAUUAUCAUUGACGAGAUCCAUCUUCUGCACGACGAGCGAGGGCCUGUGCUGGAGGCGCUCGUCGCCAGGACCCUGAGGACCGUGGAGCAGAGCCAGGAGGCGGUGCGACUUGUCGGUCUGUCCGCCACGCUUCCGAAUUACACCGACGUCGCCACCUUCCUGAGAGUGAAGCCGGAGAAGGGAUUGUUCUACUUCGACAACUCAUUCAGGCCCGUUGCUCUGGAACAACAGUAUAUCGGUGUGACCGAGAAGAAGGCGCUGAAGCGGUUCCAGGUCAUGAACGACAUCGUCUACGAGAAGGCCAUGGAGCACGCGGGCAGGAACCAGAUUCUGGUGUUUGUUCACUCGCGCAAGGAGACUGGCAAGACAGCGCGCGCCAUUAGAGACAUGUGUCUGGAAAAGGACACUCUCGGACAGUUCUUGAGGGAGGGUUCUGCCAGCGUGGAGGUGCUCCGCACUGAGGCUGAGCAGGUGAAGAACCCUGAGCUUCGCGAGCUGCUGCCGUACGGGUUCGCGAUACAUCACGCCGGCAUGAGUCGCGUGGACAGGACCCUGGUCGAGGAUCUGUUCGCCGACAGACACAUCCAGGUGCUGGUGUCAACAGCGACGCUAGCGUGGGGCGUGAACCUGCCGGCCCACACCGUGAUAGUGAAGGGCACGCAGGUGUACAGCCCCGAGAAGGGUCGCUGGACCGAGCUGGGGGCUCUGGACGUGCUGCAGAUGUUGGGGCGGGCGGGCCGGCCGCAGUACGACACCAAGGGAGAGGGUAUCCUGAUCACGAACCACUCGGAGCUGCAGUACUACUUGUCCCUGCUUAACCAGCAGCUGCCAAUCGAGUCGCAGCUGAUCAGCAAGUUGCCAGACAUGCUCAACGCUGAGAUAGUGCUGGGUUCCAUACAGAAUGUCAACGACGCGGUCACUUGGCUUGGCUACACGUACCUGUUCGUGAGGAUGCUGCGACAGCCCGCGCUGUACGGUGUGAACGUCGACAAGAUGAAGGACGACAACCUGCUGGAGCUGCACCGGGCUGAUCUGGUGCAUACUGCCGCCGCGCUCCUGGACAAGGCCGGCCUUAUCCGUUAUGAGCGUCGCUCCGGCCACUUCCAGCCCACAGAGCUGGGCCGCAUCGCGUCCCACUACUACUGCACGUACGAGACCAUGCAGAACUACAACCAACUGCUCAAGCCCACGCUCGGAGAGAUCGAGCUGUUCCGCGUGUUCUCACUCUCCGCCGAGUUCAAGAACAUCAACGUGAGGGACGAGGAGAAGUUGGAACUGCACAAGCUCAUGGAGAGGGUGCCGAUUCCAAUAAAGGAGAGCAUAGAAGAGCCGUCCGCGAAGAUCAACGUGCUGCUGCAGGCCUACAUCUCCCAGCUGAAGCUGGAAGGGUUCGCCCUCAUGUCGGACAUGGUGUACGUCACGCAGUCCGCGUGUCGGCUGCUCAGGGCUAUCUUCGAGAUUGUCUUGCAUAGAGGUUGGGCCCAACUGGUGGACAAGACGUUGGCGCUAUGCAAGAUGGUGGAUAGAAGGAUGUGGCAGUCCAUGUCACCGCUGAGGCAGUUCCGGAAGAUGCCUGAAGAGGUCAUAAAGAAGUUGGAGAAGAAGAACUUCCCCUGGGAAAAGCUGUACGAACUUGGGCCCAACGAGAUCGGAGAGCUGGUGCGGGCGCCGAAGUUGGGCAGAACGAUCCACAAGUAUGUGCACCAGUUCCCGAAGCUGGAGCUGUCCACGCACAUCCAGCCGAUCACGCGCUCCACGCUCAGGGUGGAGCUGACCAUCACGCCAGACUUCCAGUGGGACGAGAAGAUCCACGGUCAGUCGGAAGCGUUCUGGGUGCUGGUGGAAGACGUGGACUCGGAGGUGGUGCUGCACCACGAGUACUUCCUGCUGAAGGAGAAGUACGCGCGCGACGAACACCACGUGAAGCUGUUCGUGCCCGUAUUCGAGCCGCUGCCUCCGCAGUACUUCCUCAGGGUGCUGUCCGACAGGUGGAUUGCUGCUGAAACCCAACUGCCAGUAUCGUUCCGGCACCUGAUCCUGCCGGAGAAGAACCUGCCGCCCACAGAGCUGCUCGACCUCCAGCCGCUGCCGAUCUCCGCGCUGCGAAAUGCCAAGUACGAAGAUCUGUACGGCGAGUCGUUCCCGCAGUUUAACCCGGUUCAAACACAGGUGUUCAACGCGGUGUACAAUUCAGACGACAACGUGUUCGUGGGCGCUCCGUCGGGCUCCGGCAAGUCCACUGUGGCUGAACUGGCGCUGCUGAGGCUGCUGAGUACCAACCCGUCGGGCCGCGCCGUCUACCUGCUGCCCAAGGAUGCCCUGGCUGACAUCGUCUUCGCGGACUGGUACCACAAGUUCGCCACCAGGUUCAACUUGAAGGUGGUGCAGCUGACUGGAGAGACAGCAACCGACCACAAGCUGCUGAACAAGGGCCAGAUCAUCAUCACGACUGCCGACAAAUGGGACAUUCUGUCCCGAAGAUGGAAGGUUCGGAAGUCGGUACAGAGCGUGUCGCUGUUCAUUGUCGAUGCUCUGCAGCUGCUAGGUGGCGAGGAGGGUCCCGUGCUGGAGGUGGUGUGUUCCAGGAUGCGGUACAUCGCGUCGCAGACCGGUCGUAACAUCCGGAUCGUGGCCCUGUCGCUCCCCCUGGCGGACGCGCGCGACGUGGCUCAGUGGCUGGGCUGUAACGCCAACGCGACCUUCAACUUCCACCCCAGCGUCAGGCCCUUGCCUCUCGAGCUGCACAUACAGGGCUUCAACAUAUCGCACGCGCCGUCUCGCCUGGCCGCCAUGACGAAGCCGAUCUACAACAACAUCAUCCGGCACGCGGGCAGCCGGCCGGCCGCCGUGUUCGUGCCGUCCCGCCGCCACUCGCGCCUGCUGGCCGCCGACCUGCUGGCGCUCGCUGCAGCCGCCGGCAGACCGGCCAGGUUCCUUCACGCGCGCCAUGACCUACUCCAACCGUUCUUGGAUAAACUCCAGGAUAAGAUGCUGCGCGAGACGGUGUCGGCGGGCGUGGCGUACCUGCACUCGGGCGUGGCGGCGGGCGACCGGCGCGUGGUGCAGCAGCUGCUGGAGAGCGGCUGCGUGCAGGUGUGCGUGGUGGCGGCCGAGCUGGCGUACAGCGUGGCGGCGCACACGCACACCGUCAUCGUGGCCGACACGCACACAUACAACGGCAAGAUCCACAGCUACGAGCAGUACCCCAUCACGAGCAUCCUGCAGAUGUUGGGGCGCGCGUGUCGCCCCCUGGAGGAUGACCACUCGGUGGGCGUGCUCAUGUGCGCCGCGCACCACAAGACCUUCUUCACCAAGCUGCUGAAUGACUGUCUGCCGCUUGAGAGCCACUUGGACCAUAGACUACACGACCACAUCAACGCGGAGAUCGUCACCAAGACCAUAGAGAACAAACAAGACGCCGUCGACUACCUGACGUGGACUUUCCUGUACCGGCGGCUGACGCAGAACCCCAACUACUACAACCUGCAGGGAGUCACUCACAGGCAUCUGUCCGACCACCUCUCAGAGUUGGUGGAGACGACCCUCACAGACCUGGAGCAGUCCAAGUGCAUCGCCAUCGAAGACGAGAUGGACGUGCAGCCGCUCAACCUGGGCAUGAUCGCCUCCUACUACUACAUCAACUAUACCACCAUCGAACUGUUCAGCCUGUCGCUAACGUCCAAGACGAAGAUCCGAGGACUGCUGGAGAUCAUAUCGUCAGCGGCGGAGUACUCCGAGCUCUGCAUCAGGCAUCGUGAGGAGAACAUCAUCAAAACACUAUCCGCCAAAGUGCCCCACAAGCCCGCGAACCCUGGCGGCGGCGGUGUGAAAUACAACGAGCCCCAAGUGAAGGCCCACGUGCUGCUGCAAGCACACUUAUCCAGGAUGCAGCUCCCGGCUGAACUCCAAGCGGACACGGCCGUGGUCGUCACAAAGGCCAUCCGUCUGAUCCAAGCGUGUGUGGACGUGGUGUCGAGCAGCGGCUGGCUGUCUCCCGCCGUGGCCGCCAUGGAGCUGGCUCAGAUGGUGACGCAGGCCAUGUGGGCUAAGGACUCCUACCUGCGCCAGCUGCCGCACUUCACGCCCGAUCUGGUGCAGAGGUGCGCCGACAAGGGUGUGGAGACGGUGUUCGACGUGAUGGAGCUGGAGGACAGCGCGCGAGCCAAGCUGCUGCAGCUGUCGUCCGGAGAGAUGGCGGACGUGGCCAGGUUCUGUAACCGGUACCCCAACGUGGAGCUCAACUACGAGGUACUGAACGAGAAGCGACUAAGUGCCGGCAAGCCCAUCAUAGUGGAGGUGUCCCUGGAGAGAGAGGACGAGAUCGUCGGGCCCGUUAUCGCCCCCUACUUCCCCCAGAAACGCGAAGAAGGCUGGUGGGUGGUGAUCGGGGACCCCAAAUCCAACACCCUGCUGUCCAUAAAGCGGGUGUCGCUCGGGCGCUCCGCCAAAGUACGUCUGGACUUCGUGUGUGGCUCCCCCGGGAAACACACGUACACGCUGUACUUCAUGAGCGACGCGUACCUGGGAGCUGACCAGGAGUACAAGUUCAAUGUGGAAGUGGAGGACGCCGUCAGCGAGAGCAGCGACUCAGAAUGAGACGGUUGAUGUACAUGGACCGGGGAGGUACCGGAACGGAUACAAAACAUUGUAAUUAUUAAGUGAGAACAAUGAUUUGAAUAAAUAUAAGUUGUUUGAUU